UGCGAUCCUGUCGAGAGCAGGGGAGUUGGCACCACAGGGGCCCUCUCAAGGGCGCCGGCACACCCAGGCACACUACCUAGGGGCAGUGGCACCGCCGGGGGCGCUGCCAGGGGCGGUGGCACCCCCAAAGGCACUCCCAGGGUCCGUGGCUCCCCCAGGGGCCAUGUCAGGGGCGGUUGCAUCCGCAGGGGCUCUCCUAGGGGCAGCAGUGUCCCAGGAGCUUUGACAGGGGUCCUGCAAGGGGAAAUGAUGCUUCCAGGGGCCCUUCUGGGGGCGGUGACACUCAGGGAUCCUCUCAGGGGCGGUGGCACCCACAGGGACACUACCAAGGGCGUUGGCAUCCCCAGGGGCCAUCUCAAGGGUGCCAGUUCCCCCAGGGACCCUACCAGGGGCGCCGGCACCCCCAAUGGCCCUCCAACGGGCGAGUGCACCCACAGGGGCCCUCUCAAGGCCUGUGGCGCACCCAGGGGCAAUGGCAUCCCAAGGCGCCCUCUCAAGGGAGCCGGUCCCCUCAGGGGCCCUUCCAGGGGCGGUGGCACCCGUAGGGGUCCUGCCAGGGGUGGUGGCACCCUUAGAGGUCCUGUCAGAGGCAGUGGCACUCCCAGGGGCCCUGCCUGGGGCGAUGGCGCACCCAGGGGCGGUGGCACUCUCAGGGGCCCUACUAGAGGCGGUGGCGCCCUUAGAGACCCUCCUAUGGGCAGCAGUGCUCCCAGGGGCGGUGACACCCUCAGGAGCCCUUUUAGGGACGGUGACACCCCCCAGAGGCCCUAA